AUGCGUCGUUUUAAUCCUCAGUGGUUUAGUGAAUAUUCUAAUUGGUUGGAGUAUAGUGAAAGUAAAGAUGCAGUCUUUUGUUUGAAUUGCUAUCUAUUUGCAGACGAUAAUAUUCAUCAAGGAGGGGGUGAUGCAAGAAAGAAUUGUGAAGAUCUAGUGCGACAAGAACAAUCUAUUCAAUCUGCACUUGUGAGGCAAGAUUCUCAAUUUAAGCAUGAGUAUCGGCUCCACUUAACUGCUUCAAUUGAUGUUGUAAGGCUUCUUUUGAAUCAAGGAUUGGCAUUUCGGGGUCAUGAUGAAUCUAAAUCAUCACUUAGCAGAGGUAAUUUUCUUGAAAUUCUUUCAUGGUAUUCUGAAAGGUGUGAUAACAUUAAAGAUUUUGUAUUGAAACAUGCUCCACAAAAUGAUCUGAUGACUUCUCCAAUGAUUCAAAAAGAAAUUGUGACUGCAUGCAAAAUUGAAACAAUUAAGGCUAUCAUAGAAGAAUUAAAUGGUGAUUACUUUGCCUUGUUGGUUGAUGAAUAUUUUGAUGUGUCGCGCAAGGAGCAAAUGGCCGUUGUUUUACGAUAUGUUGAUAGAAUGGGAUUUGUGAUGGAGCGACUUAUUGACAUUAUUCAUGUUCAAGAUACUUGUGCAUCAUCUCUAAAAGAAGCAAUUGUUAAUUUACUUACUCAACAUUCCUUGAGUCUUUUUUAUGUACGUGGACAAUGUUAUAAUGGGGCAAGUAAUAUGCAAGGUAGAAUCAAUGGCCUUAAAAUGUUGAUUAGGCAAGAAAGUAGAUCAGCUAAUUUUGUUCAUUGCUUUGCUCAUCAACUUCAACUAAGUCUUGUUGCGGUUUCUAAAAAGUGUGUUGAAGUGGGGGAGCUUGUACUAUUGGUUUCGAGUAUUUUGAAUAUGUUGGGAGCUUCUUUUAAACGCAUGGAUGAAUAUCGAGAAUCUCAAAAGAAAAGAGUUCAAGAGUCAUUAGAUAUGGGUGAACUUGAAACUGGUAGAGGCUUGCAUCAAGAAUUUGGUCUUACUAGAGCUUGUGAUACUCGUUGGGGAUCCCACUACAAAUCUUUUAGUAACUUUAUUCUUAUGUUUGGUUCAAUUGUUGAUGUACUUGAUGAUAUUGUUGUUGAUUCACAUUGCCCAGAUGAAAUGACCAAGGCAAUGGGAUUUCUCAGAGCAUGUCAAACAUUUGAUGUUGCAUUCAUAUUGCAUUUGAUGAGAGAUAUUUUAGCAAUCACAGAUGAGCUUAACAAAUGCUUACAGAAAAAGGAGCAAGAUAUCGCAAAUGCCAUGCUACUUGUUCAAGUAGCAAAGAAAAGGUUGCAAAAGUUAAGGGAGGAAGAAUGGGGUUCGCUUAUUGAUAAAGUAUCUAAAUUUUGUAUCAAGUAUCAAAUUUUGAUACCUAAUUUAGAUGAGCCGUACUUUACCUCUUUGAGAUCACGGCGUAAACUUGCUGGUUGUACUGUCUCACACCAUUAUUACGUUGAAGUGUUUUGCAAAGUUAUUGAUUGGCAAAUUCAAGAGCUUUCUUAUCGUUUUGACGAAGUAACGACUGAUUUGCUUCAUGGAAUUGCUUGUUUAAAUCCAAUUGACUCAUUUUCUAGUUUUGAUCUCAGGAAAAUAAUGAGAAUGGCUGAACAUUAUCCUAAUGACUUUGAUGAAUUUAGUAUGGGGGCUCUUGAGAAUCAACUUGCGAGUUACAUUAUUGAUGUUCGUGAUCUUGAUGAAAGGUUCUCCGAUCUAAAAGGACUUUGUGAUCUUUCAAAAAGAUUAGUUCAAACAAAGAAGCAUUCAAACUAUCCUCUUGUAUUCCGCUUCGUGAAACUUGCCUUGCUUUUGCUAGUUGCCACUGCAUCCGUUGAAAGAACUUUUUCGGCAAUGAAGUUUAUCAACAAUGACUUGCGGAGUCGAAUGAAUGAGAGUUAUUUUAGUGGUUGCUUGGUGCCUUAUGUAGAAAAAGAUGUGUUUAAUAGGAUUUCUAAUGAUGUUAUUAUAAAAACAUUUCAAGGAAUGAAACCUCGUCGUGUACAGUUGUAG